AACAGUUUUAUGUGGUUGUAAACAAAGAUGGCGGCCAGUCACCAAAUUGCUGCUGUUGUUUGUUUUUGUGUUAUCGUGUCACUUGUUUGAAAACAAACAAACAAACACAUGUGACGGAUUUGUUUUGUCGAGUUUUUUUAGCCGGUCUCAGGAUGAACCUGUUCCGACUCGGACCUAUGGUUCUGGGCGUAAAUGAAGUGACGAACAUGUCGGAACUGCAGGAAGCGGAGCCCCGAGGCUGUGAGGACGGAGCUCUGACGGACCGGUUCGGUGUUCUGAUCCAGGCUCUGUUGGCGGUCGUCGCCUUCAGCACCUUAAUGUUAAAACGAUUCCGAGAACCUGCCGGGAUCAGACGCCCCUGGAGAAUCUGGUUUUACGACACAUCAAAACAGGCCAUCGGCGCCCUCUUUGUCCAUUUUGCCAACGUCCUUCUGUCCACACUGACCAAACAGGACCCAUGUUCUCUUUAUCUCAUCAACUUCCUGUUGGACGCCACCUUGGGAAUGUUGCUGAUCUGGAUCGCUGUCAAGCUGGUGUCCAAGCUGGUGGAGAGGAAACAGUGGACUCUGCUGGUCUUUGGGGAGUACGGUGACCCUCCUGCGGCAGCGGCCUGGUUGGGUCAGUGUGGAGUUUACCUGCUAAUCAUGGUUCUGGAGAAAAGUGCAGUCAGUCUGGUUUUACUGGUCCCAGGAUGGUCCAAAUUGCAGGCGGUGAUGCUAAGCUACAUGGCUAACCCUCAGCUGGAGCUGGUGCUGGUGAUGCUGAUCGUCCCAUUUAUUGUCAAUGCGGUGAUGUUUUGGGUGGUGGACAGUCUGACCAUGAGGAAGUACAAGAACCUGAAGAGUCCUGAGGAGCCUUUCAUCGGUUCAGAGAAGAAGAGGAAGAAAGAUGACGACGAUGACGUGUCCCUGCUGAAUGAUGAGAAUCAUCAUGGGGUUUUGUUGAUGGUGGACACAGAUGAUGAAGAGGAGGCAGAACCUGAUGAUUUAAAUUUGAUCCCUGGUAUAAAACCAAGCUGGGUGAAGGGUUAGCAGGUGCCCACCCCCCCACCCUCACACAGACCGGAGCGGUGGACAAACUGAGUCUGGAAAUCAAACUUCAUAUAUUUUCGUUCAUAUUCCAAAAAUGAUUUUUUAUAAUGUUAACUUUUAUGGUGGUUAAAGGAUUUACAUUUAUUCCAAAUAUUCCCAUAUUUAGGUUACACUAAAUACACUAUGACCUUACUCCAUAAUUAUUUUAAUUUAUUUGUUUUUUGACUUUUUUAGAAAUUGCUGUUUUUUAAACUAUUCUUUGUUCAAAUAAAAAAAAAUUAAAACAGA